AUGCUAAAUAAUGACAAGGUAUUGACUGAAGUGGUUCCUGAACUUGUAAAUUGGGCUCAAUGUGAAAUAUGUAAGAAAUGGCGACGUUUACCCUUGGGUAUGAAUCCUGAUACAUUACCUGAUGAAUGGGUAUGUUCAAUGAAUACAUGGGAUCUCUCUUAUAACUCUUGUGAAGCACUAGAAGAAGUUACAUUAAAUACUCCGGAAACUUUUCCAACAUUUUCUCUUAUAGAGACAGUAAAUACUAGUAAUACACAAUCACGGCCAGCAAAGAGUAGAAAACGGAACUCAAAUAAUUUAACUAGUAAUACGCAAGGAUCUAAUUUACUACAUAAUACAAAAAAUACAGUACAAGGUAUUCACAAUUCACUGGAUACUCGUGGGAACACUUCACUUACUGAAACUAAUAAAAUAAAACCUUUGGAAGAACAUCUUUCUGAAGAAGUUGCAAAUAAUCUUAAGGAAUGGUUAAAAGUACACUUUGUUUCUAAUGGUGAAUUGUUAAACAAGCAACAAGAUACUUCAAAUGAACCUGAAGUUACUAUGGAACUCCCUUCAAUUUGGCCAGAUAAUUAUAGAGAUAUUAAGAAUAUUCAACUUAUUCGCAGUAAAAUAUUUGAAAUAUUAAAUGAAAAAGGAUUGAGGAUGAAAUAUAAUAAUUUAAAAACAAAAAAUAAUGAUCCACAAGUAAUUCAAAAUUAUUUAACUGGGAAUUAUUCAAUUUGUAUAUAUAGGACUCAAAAUCCAUGUGAACUAUCUCAUCCACUAUAUUCGCGUGUUAUUAUUGCAGGGAAUGAUUCUUCAAUAUAUGCUAGAUAUUUAGCUAAAGAUAUAUGUGGCUUUUUUCCUGCUCAUACAAAAAGUAUGAGAUUAGUUCAGAAUUUUGGCAAUAAUUUCAAUACUAACAUUAUAGGAACUGCAAAUACAUAUUUAAAAAAUAAUUCACCAUUAAUUAUAGGUAAUACUCAAGCUUUAAAACUAUCUUCAGCUUGCAAAACUCAAUGGGAACUAAUACCUUUUGAUUUUUAUGAAGAUAGUACUGAUAACUUAGAUAUUGAUGUAACAAGAUUUGACUCUCAAAAUUGUUGGAAUCGCUGUGUUAAUGCUUUUAAUAGGCUUAUUUCUAAGAGUGAAGAUGAAAAUAUAAAGAGUGAUAUCCCUAUUUAUAUGACAUCAAAUUUAAGGUAUCCUGAAUACCACCCAAAGAAUAGCAAAUUGAAUGAUUUUGGGUGCACAAAUGAUUUUCCCACUUUUGAUAUUUUAGAUGUAUUACCUUUAUAUUCUUGGCUUAGGAAUACAUUAAAUGGAGAUAUUCUAGAACCACCAUCAAAUCUAACUAGUAAUUUUGGAAGUAUUGGUGCAUCAGUUAAACGACCAUACUAUACAAGAUGUGCCUAUAAUCGGGAAAAAGUGAAAAAACCCUUAGUUUCAUUAGAAGGAACUCCAGAAAGUAUUCAAAAAGUUAGAAGAUCUUCUAGACACUUAGUAAAAAGGGAGGAACAGAAACAACUUGAAACAAAUAUUGAGCAAGAAGAAGAAACUAUAACUACAGAGGGUAUUGUAAACAGGGUUACUUCUGAUAUACAAUUUGACAAACAUGAACCUGAAGAAGUAAAUAAAUUAUCAGAGCAAAUAGAACAAGAAGUAGUCACUGAUUAUAAAGAUCAAAUUAUUGAAAUGCUAAGUGAUUAUAAAUCUAUUCCAGAAUGUAAAUCUACUUCAGAAUGUGAAUCUAUUCUAGAAUGUAAAUCUAUUCCAGAAUAUAGAGAAUUAUCAGAUAUAAACUCUCAGGAAAAACUUGUAGAUAGCAUUAAUAAUCAAGUACUAGAAAAUAAAGUGGUGGAAAUAUCUAAUGAAUUUGUAGAAACUAACAAAUAUACUGAUCAAGUACAAGUUGAAAAUUCUGAACUUGAACAAGAUGUUAUAUUAAAACAAGGUAUUCGGGUAAGUGAAGAAGAUACAGAUAAGUCACAAAAACCCAAAAAAAGUAGUAAAAUAGAAGGGGUUAGCACUAAAAAAAAGCAAAAGGAAACUUUAAAUAAAAAAGUAAAGAACGAAAUAUUAAAAACUUCUGAAGAACAAAAUCAUUUAAUUAAGGAUAUGUCUGCAAAAUUUUGUGAAACAAGUAAACCUCAUGAAGUUGAAGAACAGAAAUUACAUUUAAAAUCUAAAAGAAGACUUAAAAAAAUUUCUUCAUCUGCUGAUGUUACUUUUACUUCUAAUGAAACUAAUUAUACAAAGCUUAAACAUGAAUAUAGAAAAAGACUUCGAAAACUUGUUAAAAGUGAUGAAGAGAAAGAGUCAGAUGACCAAACAAAUUUAAUCCUUUUUGAUAGAGAAACCCAAACAGGGAAUCCAGAAAAAGAAAUUCCAAACUCAAAAGAUAACUUUAUAAAACAACAUAAGGAAGAAAAAACAACUGAAGAAAUAUCUUCACUUCCAAUUAUUCCUAGGAAAAAAUGUCCAGACCAUAUAGAAAAAAUGAUAUCCGUAGGCUCAUCUAAAUGUGAUCCAUGGACACCUAUUUCAGAUUCCCAUACUAAUAAAAGGGAAAAUUCAAUGGAAGAUAUCCAACAACUGCAAUCUACUCACUUACUACAACAAAUACAACCUACAUCUUCAUUUAGGAAAAGAAAUUCCUCAUGGCAGAGUGACUUUAAACGUCAGAAACUAUCUGAAUAUAGACAGAAUGAUUAUCAAUCUCAUAGAAAAACAUAUUAUGAGUGUUUUGAUCCAAAUGAUAGACAUAAAGCUACAGAUCCUCCUGUAAGUCACGAUAGUACUUAUAGCAGUAAAACCCCUACAUAUAAUGGAUACAAAUAUAAUCCAAGCAAUAAUAUUAAUCUUACUAAACGUAAUUCCUCUUAUAUACCUAAUAAUAGGAAUAACUAUCACAGCUUUAAUGCUAUUAAUACCUCUAAUGGAGGGAACUUUUCUAGUUCAAAUACUUAUAACCACCGUUUGUGGUAUCAAAGUUAUCAAGGGAGACAUUCUACUGGGUAG